CCCGCCGCCGCCGCCGCUCUCCUCCUCUCCGCGGCGCAGCCAGCGCAGCGCCAUGGCGACCGAGUCCGAGUACGAGUCGGUGCUGUGCGUGAAGCCGGACGUCAGCGUCUACCGGAUCCCGCCGCGGGCCUCCAACCGCGGCUACAGGGCGUCUGACUGGAAGCUGGAGCAGCCUGAUUGGACGGGCCGCCUGCGCGUCACCUCCAAGGGGAAGGUCGCCUACAUCAAGCUGGAGGACAGGGUGUCAGGCGAGCUGUUCGCGCAGGCGCCGGUGGAGCAGUAUCCGGGCAUCGCCGUGGAGACGGUGACGGAUUCCAGCCGCUACUUCGUCAUCCGCAUCCAGGAUGGCACAGGGCGGAGCGCGUUCAUCGGCAUCGGCUUCUCGGAUCGGGGCGACGCCUUCGACUUCAACGUGUCCCUGCAGGACCACUUCAAGUGGGUGAGGCAGGAAUCGGAGAUCUCCAGAGAGUCGCAGGCAGUGGACAGCCGCCCCAAGCUGGACCUGGGCUUCAAGGAGGGCCAGACCAUCAAGCUGAGCAUCGGGAACAUCACAACCAGGAAGGCGGGGGGCGCCUCCAGGCCCCGGCCCGCGGGGGCCGGGGGGCCGAGCCUCCUGCCCCCCCCGCCCGGAGGCCGCGCGGCCGCCCCCCCGCCCGCGUCCGCGGCCAUCAGCAACCACGUCACGCCCCCUCCCGUCCCCAAGACCCCGCGCGGAGGCGGCGACGCAGAUAUCCUCUUAGAUCUGGACUCCCCCGCGUCCGCCACCACGUCCGCCCCGGCGCCAGCGUCCACCAGCAAUGACCUAUGGGGAGAUUUCAGCACCGCGUCCAGCUCCGCUCCAAGCCAGGCGCCGCAGCCAGCCAGCUGGGUCCAGUUUUGACGGGCGUCAGGCAGGCAGGACAUGUUGGGGCGACCUGAGGGCCGGCUGGUGCGGGGGUCAGGGGCCCCAGGCCGUGCGCAGUCCCGUGGCUCCCCGCGCCUCGGCUGGUGCCUCGCUGCGUGACUGCAGGCUCCGCCACCCCUGCUCCCUGCCGGGCCGCAGGGGGACCCCGCCAUCCCCUGUCCCCCGUUCCCCGCUGGUCAUCUCGGCCCCCGGCUAGCAAUUCCACGAGUGGACAGCCUCGCCUUCCUCCCCCCCCCCCCCCCCCCCCGGGGCUCAGGGUCCCCUCCCAGGGCGCGGGGGGCCCUGGCUGUGUCCCCCCCCUCCCCGCGCCUGCCGAGCUGCUCCGCACCUCCGCUUAGUUCCCGCAGCCCCGGCCCCCCAAGCACUGGUUUACAUUUGCCCGUGGCUUGGGCCUGAUGGAGCGGAGCGGAGCGGAGCGGAGGGCAGAUCGCUGUCCUAAUGCGCGGAGACACUUGGCCAAAGGCUGCACCCCUGAGCCCCAGGUCCUCCCCCCCACCCCCUGGGUCCAGCCUCUCACGGGACAGGGAACAAACACUACGUAUGGACUGAAGUUCUGGGACCCCCCCCCCCCAAGUGCUUUGUACUCCCAAGAUGAUGAUGUGUAUUUCUGCUGCUGCUGAGGAGGGAGGGUGCGUGUAAGAUGUGUGUACAUAGCGCGUUCGUGUAUCGGUGCAAUAAUGGUCAUUAAAACACAGAAACACGG